AUGUCGAGUUUUCACAAUAGUCACAACAGUGAGGUUAAUUCCCCCAGAAUCAAGCCCAAACUAACAGAAGAGCAGAAAUUCCAUCUCAUCGAUUAAUUCUUUGUUAAAAAACUCAAAUUUCCAACACUCACCAAUGCAAUCAUAGAUGAAGCCAUAAGUCAAGAUUUUAUGCCAUUCGAUGACAAGGAUAAAAUUUUAAGAGACCCCAACAAGCUAUCAAUUUUCUUUUUAAAAUUAGAUCCGCAAUCUCCUCGCACAAAAGAAGCCCUGGAUUCAUUAGAAUUAGCCGAGAGUGCAUGUUGCAUAUUUACAUUUUAGUAGUUUCAAAUACCUGAACUUCAUCCCAUUCAAAAUCUAAUUAAUUAUAUGAACUACCUUACUGAAAAGUAUAAGGAAUUGUUGCGAAUUGUGAGUACUAGAAAUUUGAUUAAAAAGUAAGAGAAACUAUAGAAGUCAAAAAACAAUCUCAACAAAUCACACACACGAUAAAAUACCUCAAGCUUCCUCACUGAUGGCGGUGCUCUUAUCAUACCCACAAAGUUGACCACUAUAAUGUCAAAAUCAUUCAAUACACGUUCUCUCGAUUUCUUAUAGAUUUCCUUUGAAGAGAAACUGGAAAUGCAAGCAAAGAAAAGUUAAGAAUACCUAUAAACUCUUAGUAGAUACAAACAACUGGAAGAAGAAAAGCUUAAAUCUUUAUAAGAUUAUUAUUAACAAAAAGUUCCUAUUAUGGCUAAAAAGGUAGAAACUGUUAAACAAAUCAAUAAAAUUAAACAAUAAGAACGAAAGAAAAUCUUUUAAGAUCGCCAGAGGAGAACUCUCGAAAAAAUACAUGAAUUGGAAAUCAAAGACAGAGAAUAAAGAGUCAAAAUACAGGAGUGCUUGAAUAAGAAACAAGAAAUCACUCAACAAAAUAAAAUUUAAUUUAAUUCGUAAUACAAUCAAGAGUUGAGAGAACAGCAGGAGAGAAACUAAAGAAGGGAUGAGGAGAGGAGAGAGAAGAAGAAAUUGGCUAAUUAUAUGGAAAAUUAAUAGAUUGAAUAGAUUAUGGAGAAGUAAAUGGAGAAGGAGUAUGUGACUGAGUAAUAACUAUAAAAAUUAAAAGAUGAAAUUAAUCAAAAGAGACAAUUGAGUCUUUAGAAAUAAGAAUAUGCAUAGUAAAAGGUAAUGUAAACUCAGAUUGAAUAUCAAUAAAAUAAACUUGAAUAAUACAUUAAAUAUGCUGAUUUGAGUAAUAAGAUGGUUGAAGAAUAAAUGUAAAUCAAGAGUGAAUAAUUAGAUCAGGUAAAAACUAAAUUAGCUACUUAAUUUAGAACGGUGAAGAAAAACAAAGAAAAAUUGAAUCAUAUUUUGGAACAGAAAAUAGAAUCUAUAAAAAAGAAGGAAAAUGAUAAAGACAUUUCGGGUAGAUUAAUGUCAAUUUAAUCAAGUAUUGAUAUAAAAAUCAAAGAAUAAACAGAAAAAAAUAGAAUGAAAUAUUAAAGGGCCUUAAAUAAUACCAGAGCAUUCGCAGAGGAAAGAGAAAGAGAACAAUAAAAGCUAAUUGAAAAAAUGGUUGAAAAAAGUCAAAAGUAAAGGCAUCUCAAAAAUCAAAAAGAACAAUAUAGCCAAGCAAUAUUAAAAUAGCAUUUACUUUAAAGAUAAAGUGUUGAUAAAAUUGUAUUUUAAUGA